AAAGAAUUUUGCAUCUGAAUGGCGUCGCUGAAGGAGUUGGAAAUCGACAGGAUCUCGCUGCAACCUCCCACGGUACCAUGUCCACAGGAAAUUCAACGAAUUCCGGCUGCGGAAAUCAGCUACGGUGAUUUUUUCACCCGAUUUAUGCAAACGAACACCGCUGUCAUCGUUACUUCGGUAGCCGACCACUGGGAGUGCUAUCGGCGCUGGGUACACCGCAACGAAACCGGUGUCGAUAAAGUAGAUGUGAGCUACCUAAAGGCGCGAAUCGACAACGUGACUGUUCCGGUUGCAGACUGCGGCAAACAGUAUUACAAUGCCCACGAGAAAUUGGACAUGGGGUUUCAUGAUUUUUUGGAUUAUUGGAACGAUGACGAGAAAAGGGUAGACACGCAAUCGAAGCUAUACCUCAAAGAUUGGCAUUUGCGAGAGACGAUGCCGGAAUAUCGCUUCUACGAAACACCGAUGUUCUUCGCAUCAGAUUGGUUGAAUGAAUAUUUGGUGGACCGGAAGCAGGACGACUACAUGUUCGUGUACAUCGGUCCGAAGGGAACGUGGACGUCCUUUCACGCUGACGUUUUUUCAUCGUACAGUUGGUCAACAAAUAUCUACGGCGUGAAAAAGUGGUUACUGCUACCACCGGGUGAGGAAUCGAAGCUGAAGGAUUCACUGGGAAACUUUCCGUUCGAAAUAAGUGAAGAGUUGUUGACGGAGAAGAGGGUGGUUUAUUAUAAUAUUCUACAGAAAGCGGGAGAAGCUAUAUUCGUGCCAAGUGGUUGGUACCAUCAGGUGCAAAAUCUAGAAGAUGCCAUAUCCGUUAACCAUAAUUGGUUCAAUGGGUGUAAUAUAGUCAACAUUUGGUAUGGUUUGAACACAGCACAUGAGCAGGUUGUGAAGGAAAUUGAAGACUGCAGAGAUAUGGACAAUUUUGACCAACAUUGCCAACUGAUGUUGAAGGCAUCCUACGGAAUGGACCUGGAGAUAUUUCUUAAUAUGUUAAUACACAUUUGCAAUAAACGCUUAGAUGCUUUUAAAUCUAACCAUUGUUUGGAACAGUUUGAUGUUUACAAGUUGGGAAGAAAUCAUGUUCAAUUCGAUUUGAUUGCUAUUGACAAUGUCUUGAACCUAAUGCUAGACAAAAGCGAUUUGCUGGAAGCUUUGCAGCUGCUAGCGAAGGUAGUUGACUGCAUUGAAACAAUAAAUAAAAAUACUUAAUUAAGAUGAAAA